CUUGUAGGUCAAAUGCUUGAAGCGGAUUUUGCAACUUUGUCAACAAGAACCCAACUCCCGUCCUUUUACCUCAAGCUUUGUCGUUGGGUAUAGCUUUGUGUGCACAAAACGAACAAUGCCGCCAAAAUUCGAUCCUACGGAAAUUAAAUUAGUUUAUUUGCGAUGCGUUGGAGGUGAAGUCGGAGCUACGUCUUCGUUGGCUCCUAAAAUUGGUCCCCUUGGUUUGUCCCCAAAAAAAGUUGGAGAUGAUAUUGCCAAAGCUACCGGUGAUUGGAAGGGACUUAAAAUAACUGUAUGUCUGACUAUUCAAAACCGUCAGGCUGCUAUAUCAGUUGUUCCAUCAGCAGCUUCUUUAAUUAUCAAAGCCUUGAAAGAACCUCCCCGUGAUAGGAAGAAGCAAAAAAACAUUAAACAUAGUGGAAACAUUACCUUUGAUGACAUUCUUUCGGUAGCGAGAACAAUGCGGCCUAGAUCUAUGGCUCGCAAUUUGGAAGGUACUUGCAAAGAAAUUUUGGGAACUGCGCAAAGCGUAGGUUGUACCGUAGACGGAAGGCCGCCUCAUGACAUUAUUGAUGACAUUAAUAGUGGCUCCAUUGAAAUUCCCUCUGAAUAAAUAAAAAGUGUUUAAUCUACUUUCCAAAUUCAGAAAUAAAACUUGUUAAUUAUUUAA